AUGGGCUUCUCAGCUGAGACAAGUGAGACCAACCCAAAUAGGCCCUUAUUUUUCUUAACCCUCACCCUAAGACCACCCGAGGCUGUGGGGAGAAAGGCAAGAGGAGGGAAGGCAUGCAUUUUCGACGUCUGCUGUCUCGUCUGUGGCGCGCGGCCGAAGAAGCUGCCGGAUCAGCGUCAUCGACCAGACAGCGUAGUCUUCAAUAGUGCUUCUGCUAGAAGGAGAAUGCUGGAUGCUACUACAGAGAGAGACAAAGCCUUGACUCCGUCAGGGGCUCGUGGGGGAUCUUCAAAGACCCCUAGCACCGCUUCUGCAGGCGCAUCCGCCAAGCCGAAUCGGCAACGGGGGGUGGACGGCUGUUUUCGCUGUUACCGCUGUCCUACGGAGUUGGCAGUGGCUUCGGUCCGCGAGAAAUGCUGCCGCAGCUGUUUGCUGCUUCUCGUAAGGAGGGCAUUUGCUGCAGAGCUUGCUGCUCUCCGGCUGCUGUUGAGUGAGCAGCCGUCGCAACAAGGGACCAAUACACCCCAAGAAGAAGCGGGCGUGCCUCUGCUUGUCGCGGUGUCUGGUGGAGACGCCAGUCUCUCCCUCUUACACCUAAGCAACGAGCUCAUACAGAGACGCCAGAGGGUCCGCUGCAUGCAGCAGCAGAAUCGAGUUUGUGAAGAGGGCCUACCCACGACUCAAAGCGGCAGCCUUCGAAGUGCCCCCAGCCCCCAUAGAGCAGAACCCCAGACUUCCGCGGAAUUCGCCUGCUGUGUAUCGGUUCAUGUUGACUUGCAGCGGCUCUUUCUACCAUCCGCUUCCUGUGUGGAGGCGAGGCUGGACGCUCUCAAGGGUGGCCUUUGUACCUCAUCGUGUAGUUUUCGACCGGCUAGGAGCGAGGAGGGAUGGGGAUCAGUUGCUGCUCUUUCACUGCCCACAGCACCCUCGGAAGGGCACACGGGGUACUCAUUACCCCUGGAGCUACAGCAAGCAGUGACUGAGCGAUGGCCAUCUGUUCGAUGUGUUUUCCUGCAUCCUUUGGGAGUCGAGUUUUCUAUUGUCAAGUUAGAGCAGAAAGAGGGGUCCCCUUCGUCGGAGAUGGAAUCUCCCAGCAUCCACCAUGUCGAGGUUUACAUGCACCCUGGGGGCCAGGCAUUCACGCGGCAAGAGCUGCUGGCGCUGCAGCAGGAGGAAGCACAGCUGCGGAUGCUACUGUAUGAGAUCUACGAGGAGGACAAGGCUGCAGCAGAGCGCUUUUGCAGGAUUCUCCGGAUAGAGGCCUUGCGGCAGUACCGCUCCACGGCUCAAGAGAAGGGCCUUCUUGCCCCAGGAUUCUUAAAAAUGUCUUCCUGCUUACAGUGUUCCCCGUUUAUCUGUUUCGGAGACUCGGCUUCGAGUGCAGCCCUGCGGAUUUUGGAGCGAAUGAGUUAUGGAGAGGGGCGGCUGCUGAGCACGGAGGCGGCUCCUCAAGAUGCCAGACUCCUGCCAUCGUUCUGUCUGUGUCGCCCCCUGGUGACGCUAUCGAAGAAGGAGUUGUCCCUGUUUCGGCUCUUUGAGCGUCUCCCUGUACUCCCCACGAAGCCGUAUACACUCCAUCAAGACUUAGUGCCUUCUUUGUGGGAAAGCAGCGGCAGCGGAUGUAGGCGUCCGCGAGGUGCCUUCCAUCCAUCAGCGCAGUCGUUGCUGCAGGAGUUCUUGAUUGAAACGGAGUGCGACAACUCGGCAACCAUACACAAUUUGCUGUCUGCAGUCAAGAGACUGGAAAGCCCAUUUAAAGAAUGGGGCAGCUCGGAGAUCCGUGAGUCAUCACGCAGGCACUGGCACGGAAGGUUGAAUUUGUCUCGCCAUGAAACACCUUGCCUUGCUUCCUUGGUUUCUGGAGGGGAUCAGACACGAGCAUGGCGCGCGAGGGGAGAGGCGGGGAGGGGAGGGGAAGGCCGUAACAGGGGCAGGAAUGGCUGCGCGCAGCCUGCUGCACUUGCUUACUACGAGGUCUAUGCGGAGGCCGACUGUGUAGUGCAGUACCGCUGCAGGGAUAUCCACUAA